AUGCAUCCUCGCCGUUCUGACUACAAAAAGAGACUGCCCGUCGAUCGGUCUGUUCGGAUCGAUCUAUUGCUAACUCAUUCUGUUUAUCUAUCUAUCUAUCUAUCUAUCUAUCUAUCUAUCUAUCUAUCUAUCUAUCUAUCUAUCUAUCCUCCCAUUAUGUUCCUAACUCAUUCUGUUCAUCUAUCUAUCUAUCUAUCUAUCUAUCUAUCUAUCUAUCUAUCUAUCUAUCUAUCCUCCCAUUAUGUUCGUAUGUAUUUUCCCAUUAUCUAUCUAUCUAUCUAUCUAUCUAUCUAUCUAUCUAUCUAUCUAUCUAUCUAUCUAUCUACCCUCCCAUUAUGUUCGUAUGUAUUUUCCCAUUAUGUUCCUAUCUAUCUAUCUAUCUAUCUAUCUAUCUAUCUAUCUAUGUUUUUCAUAAUUUUUUCUAUUCAUAUUCUUUCCCUAAAACCAACCGUUGACCCUUCCUUUGCAAUAGCACCUAUUAUUUUUCUCUUCAUCCUUCAAGUUUUUCGCUGGCCUUUCUUUCGGCAACAUUUUUUGCAAAAUGCUUUUCCACACAUCCGUCCCCUCCGACAUGAAAACUUUCUGUCGCUUUCCUCCUUUUUUUUUUCUCUUGCUUUGAUUAAGGGAGGGCAUUGUUUACUUAAAAUCCUCCACCUCCUCCUCCUCCUCUUCCUCCUCUCCUUCUUCUUCUUCUUCUUCUUCUUCUUCUUCUUCUUCUUCUUCUUCUUCUUCUUCUUCUUCUUCUAUUAUCAUUAUUAUAUUUAUUCCACCUUUUCUUCUCUUCUUUUUCUUCAUCUCCUUCCUCUUCUUCUUCUUCCUCUUCUUCUUCUCCCCCCCCCACUCGGCUGCAUGCACUUCUUCGGUCUCCCCCCACCGAACCAACACAAAUUCACUUUCACCUCUCUUGUCCCUAUCUCUGGCCAUGAAACAUGUGAGGGUUUUUCUCUACUCCAUUCUUUUCACCAAAUUCCCUUUUUAUUUCAUAUUUUCAGUAAACAACUUUCUUUUCUACGCAGUCUUUUCUUUUUUUCUUUCUUUCUUUCUUUCUUUCUUUAUUUUAUUUUUUCGAAGGAGAAUACCGCAAGCUACGCUUUCAAAAGAAAGCAACUUUCCUCCUCUCCCUCCUCCUCCUCCUCCUCUUCUUCUUCUUUUUUCUAUCAUCUUUUACUUUCCUUUAUACAUCUUAUUUAUCAACUAAUUAUUAUUUCUUCUUCUUCUUCUUCUUCUUCUUCUUCUUCUUCUUCUUCUUCUUCAUCAUCUUCUUCUUCUUCUUCUGUUUCCGCUUUCACACCUUCUUUACACUGUUCAAAACGUUCCUUCUUUUUUUUCCUUCUUUCCUCCAUUUUCUGUUCUGUAUCGUAUUCGAUGCACAGCUACUUGUUUCUCUACUUCCUGCAUUCUUUAGAUAUUUACUUUCUUUCCACUCCAAUCCCCCUUCCUCUUUCUUUAUUUCAUUCCUUGUUUCUUUCCUCCCUUCACUCACUCCUUUUUCAUUAUUCAUCUCUUAUGUUAACAACUUCUUUUUUCUCCUCGCUUUUAUUUCAUUAUCAACCACUCCCUCAUAUAUCUUUUUUUCUCUCUCACAUUUUGAUACUUAUAUCUCUAUAA